CUAGCGCCUAGCACCUACCAUAUCGCCACGUACGUACCUUUGUCGUAUAAGCAUAUCGACAAGGGCUGUGACCAUGGAGCCCCCUCCUGCUAAGAAAGCCAGGCUCCCCAAGUUCACCAAGGUCAAGAACAAAAUGCCUGCGGAGAUCCAAAUCACAGCAGAGCAGCUCCUACAGGAAGCCGCUGCUACUAAACUCGAGAAACCACCAUCCGCACCCAGACAGAAGGUCACCGAUCCCGGAGAGUUGGCCGCGUUACAAAUGCAAAAACGAAAAGAAUUCGAAGACGACAUACGAAAGAAUCGAACGAUGGUCAAGAAUUGGGUCAAGUAUGCAGCUUGGGAGGAGACUCAGAACCAGUAUGAGCGUGCUCGCUCUGUGUACGAGAGAGGACUAGACGUGGACCAUCGAAGCGUGACGAUCUGGCUGAGGUAUGCAGAGAUGGAGAUGAAGCACAAGCAGGUCAACCAUGCCAGGAAUAUCUGGGACAGGGCAGUGACCAUUCUACCGAGGGCCAACCAGUUCUGGUAUAAGUACACGUACAUGGAGGAGAUGCUGGGGAAUAUUGCCGGAGCUAGACAGGUGUUUGAGCGCUGGAUGGAAUGGGAACCGGAAGAGCAGGCGUGGUUCUCGUUCAUCAAGAUGGAGAUGCGAUACAAAGAGGUUGAUCGAGCACGACACAUCUACGAGAGGUUUAUUCAAAUCCACCCCGAGAUCAAAAAUUGGACUCGAUAUGCACGCUUUGAAGAGCAGAAUGGGUUUCUAUCCAACGCUAGGAAUGUGUUUGAGAGAGCCACAGAGUUCUUUGGUGACGAUCACUUGGACGAAUUUCUGUACAUUGCUUUUGCCCGAUUCGAAGAGAAUGCACGAGAGUACGAACGAGCUCGGGUCAUCUACAAACACGCUCUGGACAUAAUCCCAAAGCAGAACGCCCAGGAUCUGUUUAAGGUUUACACACGCUUCGAGAAGAAGUUUGGAGAUCGUGCCGGUAUCGAGGAUGUGAUUAUUAGCAAACGGAAGUUCCAAUACGAAGAAGAGGUGAAAGCCAAUCCGAUGAAUUACGAUGCUUGGUUCGACUAUAUUCGGCUCAUGGAAACUGAAGGCUCUCAAGAAAUGAUCCGUGAAGUGUACGAGAGGAGUAUUGCAAAUAUUCCCCCGUCUCAAGAGAAGCGAUUUUGGCGACGUUAUGUCUAUCUCUGGAUUUACUAUGCCCUCUACGAAGAGCUCACAGCUAAAGAUAUGGAUCGCACACGACAAGUGUACCGAGCCUGCCUGGAAAUCAUCCCACACUCAAAGUUCACUUUCACCAAAAUUUGGCUGAUGUAUGCUCAGUUUGAAAUUCGACAGAAAGAAGUCACUGCUGCUAGAAAGGCUCUUGGAUCAGCCAUUGGAAAGUGCCCUAAGCCAAAGCUGUUUCGUGGCUAUAUCGAGUUGGAGCUUCAAUUGAGAGAGUUUGAUCGAUGUCGCAAACUCUACGAGAAAUUCUUGGAAUUCAAUCCAGCCAACUGCAGUACCUGGAUAAAGUAUUCGGAAGUUGAGACGAUCCUUGGUGAUGUGGAACGUGCCAGAGCCAUCUUCGAACUUGCUAUCAACCAACCGAUGAUGGAUAUGCCAGAGCUACUGUGGAAGGCCUACAUUGACUUUGAAGUUGAUCAGGAGGAGUUCCAAAAUGUAUGUGGAUUGUAUGAGCGACUUCUGGAGCGGACACAGCACAUCAAGGUCUGGUUGAGUUAUGCCAAAUUCGAGGGGUCAACAGAAUCUGACGAUAGUGUUGAGAAUGGCAGAAAAGUUUACGAACGAGCGAACAAUACUCUCAAAAAUACUAGCAAUGGAGAAGAACGGUCGAUGCUUUUGGAGGCUUGGAGAGACUUUGAGAAAACAAAAGGUGACCAGAACUCUCUUGAGGUUGUACAAAAGAAGAUGCCUCGAAGGGUGAAAAAGAAACGCAAGCUAUAUCGAGACGACGGGGCUGAUGCUGGCUGGGAGGAAUACUGGGACUAUGUGUUUCCAGAAGAUGCCACAUCUGCUCCUAAUCUCAAGCUGCUGCAAAUGGCAAGGAUGUGGAAGCAAACCAAAGACGACAGUGGAUCUGAGAGCGGAGGAGAGGUAGAGAAAGUUGAUGAUGCUGACACAGACAAUUCUGAUAGUGACUCCUCAGGAGAGAACUAAACUAAUACUGUAUGUACAUUUUAUUAUGUGUAUGACAAUUAACUGUUAACUGAGCAAUAUUUUCAUUUUUCUUGCGCAUUAUUAUC